CCGCCGCCGCCGCCGCCGCCGCACCCUUCAGUGCCUCGUUCGCCGGCCUCCCACACCGGCCCCUUCCUGCAUCACACACACACAAGCACCCGAUCGCCCGAUCGCCCGAUCGCCCCGCGCCGCGCCUCUCCCAGCCAUGAUGGACCGCUUGACCGGGCUCAGCUCGUCGCAGGCCGGCGGUCUGGUGCUUGUGGCCCUCCUGUGGGGCUCAACCACGCCGCUCAUGCGCCGCGCCUCGGCGCUGGGCCCGGAUGCCCGCCCGCACAAGCACCAGCCCCGGGGCGUGGCCGCGGCCGCCCAGUCGCUGGUCCGGUACCUGCCGAUCGGGGUGAAUCUUUCCGGAUCGGCGCUCUUUGCGCGGCUCCUGCGCGACACGCCGGCCAGCCAGGCCGGCCUGAUCGCCAACUCCCUGGCCCUGGUGGUGACCACCUGCGUGGCCCGGCUCCUCGGCGAGCGGGAGGCCGACCGCCGGCUCGUCAACAUCGGAAUGCUCCUCGUGAUCGUCGGCGUGGCGAUCUGCAUGACCAGCAUCUAGGCGCGCGCGCGCGCGCGAGAGAACGUCCCCACACAUAUUGGCACACGCAUAAUACACACACACCGCAUGCA